AUGAAGUUUCAUGUCAUUGAUGCUUCAUUAACAGAGUUUUACUUAACAAAUGAUGAUAUACUUCAUUACAAUCUCGCAAUUAACAUCUCUGUCAGAAACAGUAACAAAAUUGAGCGUAUUUCCUAUGAUAAUUUUCGCUCUGAAAUUUAUAGUUAUGGUGAGUAUUUGGGUUCCGUCUCUUUGCCGUCUUUCUGGCAAAACACUAAGAAUACAACAUUACUUCAUCCUGUAUUUCAGGGUCAAACGUUGGUCAAAUUACGGGGUUCUCGUCUUAGGGAUUUCAACUAUGAUCAAAGGGAUGGAAAUUAUAGCAUUUCUGUGUAUCUCUACGUUGAAACCGAAUUAAAGCAUGCUGGUGGUGGGAAGAGUGGCUUUAACGGUAUGGAAGUUGAAUGUGGAUUGUUCAGACUUCAUUUGCUAGGUUCUUCUUCCUCUUCUUCAAGUAAUCAAACAGGAAUUGGUAGCUUAUUUAAAACCAAGAGGUGCAAAGUAUAUUACGAUAACGAUGACAGUUACUAUUAA